GAGGGAGAAGUGCAGAGGCAGCAGUAGCAGUAGCGGCGGCGCCGGCGUUGCUCCAAUCAGCCAGCUCCAGCCACUCCACUCCACUCCCAGCAGCCGAGCGAGGGAGAUCUCCGGCGACUCAGUGGGCAACAGGGCUAGCCGGGACUCUCUCUCUCUCUUUGUGACCCCAGACCACACAAGCACCCACACAAAGGGGGACAGAGGAGCGAAGGAAGAAGGGCUCCAACAUGGGAGGCAAGCUGAGCAAGAAGAAGAAGGGCUACAAUGUGAAUGAUGAAAAGGCGAAAGACAAGGACAAGAAGGCUGAGGGAGCAGGCGCAGAGGAGGGGGAGGCUCCGACGGAGAACGAGCAGACCCAGCAGACCACAACGGAGACCACGGAAGUGAAGGAGAACAACAAAGAGGAGGCGGGCGACAAGGAGGCCCCGGCAGAUGCCAGCAAGGGCGAAGAAAAAGAAGGGGAGAAAGAGAAAGCCGGGAGCCAGGAAGAGCCCAAGAAAGCUGACCCAGAGAAGCCGGAGGCCGUCGUCGACGCAAAGGCGGAGCCUCCGAAGAACAAUGAGCAGCAGGCGGCCAAGCCGGAGGAGCCCAGCUCAGCCGCUCCUCCGCCAGCCGGCAGCGACGCGCCUAAACCCUGUGAGCCCAGCAGCGAUGCAAAAGCUUCCCAGCCUUCAGAAGUCACAGCUACUAGUAAAGUGGAUGACAAGGGCAAAGAGGAAGGGGAGGCCAAAAAGACUGAGGCUCCUGCAGUACCUGCAGCCCAAGAAACUAAAAGCGAAGUGGCCCCAGCUUCAGACUCAAAACCUAGCAGCAGCGAGGCUGCGCCUUCUUCCAAGGAGACCCCGGCAACAACAGAAGCACCUAGUUCUACUCCGAAGGCUUCAGAGCCUGCAGCCCCGCCAGAGGAAGCGAAACCAUCCGAAGCUCCGGCGGCGAAUUCGGAUCAAACCAUAGCAGUGAAAGAUUAAAUUGGACAGCCUGUUGGGAAACAAAACAGAAAACAAAACAAAA